AUGAGCCCUGGCCCCAGCAGUGACGUGGUGCCGUGCCCGCAGGUGAACGGGGUGUGCAUGGAGGGGAAGCAGCACACCGACGUGGUGGCAGCCAUCAAGGCAGGCGGUGACGAGACCAGGCUGCUGGUGGUGGAUGUCCUCACGGAUCAGUUCUUCAAGAAGUGCAAGGUGGUGCCCUCUGAGGAGCACCUGGCAGGUCCCUUGCCAGAACCAGUUGCCAAUGGCGAUAUAGGGAAGGAAAAUGGUGGAGAGCCGCGGUCCAACUCUGUGUCCGAGAGCCCGUCCAGCCUCAGGCCGCUGUCCAUGUCCCCUGACUCCGUCGAGACCCACAGUGAGCCUGACACACAGGAGGGUGACAAGCGCCAUUCGGCACCCAGCUCCCUCCUGGACCUUGACAUCCCACUGGCGGUGGCCAAGGAGCGGGCGCACCAGAAGCGCACCAGCAAGCGGGCACCCCAGAUGGACUGGAGCAAGAAAAACGAACUGUUCAGCAACCUGUGA